AUGGCCUGGUGCUCUGGGCCGAGGGGAUGUGCGUCGAUACGUGACGUCCUUCUUUUGGAUGCGGUGCGGUUGUGCGCGGGCGUGCCAACACGGUCUACCGUGCGUCGAGAUGAUGAUGAGGUUCCGGUAGAAGAUGGUUUAAAUGUUGCGCCUGUUUUGCGUUCGACUCCUAAUCAAACGAUGUUGGCCGAGAGAGGAACUGAUCUCGGUUGUCAGGUUCACGGCCUGAGCUACAAGGCCGUUUAG